AACUAACUAACUAACUAACUAACUGGUUGUUAGCCCAUUCAACCAGUGGAUUGAGAGAUGAUGUAAUGAGAACAGAAAAUGCUCUUGAACUUAUCAGCCAGCCGAUUGAUUGAUUGAUUGAUUAUCUCUAACAAUCUUGUUUUAUUUAACUCACAUGAGUUAGCAAUGAAGAAGCACGUAGCUCAGAAUAAACGUAAGAAAAAGUAUCUGAGUCAAAAACCAAUGGGAGUGGUAGUAAGUCAAUCAAUGUUGGGCGGGAAAAUUAGCCGAAAUCGAAAUGAAUUAACUUUACAAAAAGUACAAAGAAAAAUUCCUACAAACAAUAAUAAUAAUUAUUAUUUGACAAAAUCAACGGCUACUCCUAAUGAAAAAAAUAGAAUUCGAUGGGCAAAAGUAAUGCAUACCAAUGAAAUGUCUGAUUAUUUCCAUGUGACCGAACAAAAAAUGCAACAUAAUUCUGCGGAAUCAAUGCGAAAAUCACGUGAUCUAAUGGAAUCGGUGCGAGGCAAUGCUCGGAUUAAGAGGAAUCAAUUAAAAAGUGAGCAUUCACGCAAGACAAAAUUAACCAAUGAUUUAUCUAAAAGAACUAAUCAACAGAACAUGGAAAAUGUUCACAUUCACUAUCCACAAAUACAUGCUAGUUAUGAUGAGCAUUUUGGAGAGGAUGAUAAAAAAAAUGUAUCCAGUCAAUUGGAUAUUGAUCGAUUUCUUCUACUUCAAAAUCAAUAUUCCAAUAAUAACUAUUCUAAUCAGGAAUAUCCAAAUUAUAUGUUGUCUUCUCAUUUCAAUCAAGAUUUAUCUAAUGACACUAUGAAUUUAUUAACGCAAGUCUUGAAUCCUUCUUCUUCUACUUCUAAAACAGUCAAUUCAUCUACCAGUGAAUCAGAUCAAAAAUCUAACAAUAAAUUACAUUUAUUAAAUAAGCAAACCACUACAAUGGAUACUGAUGAAAUAGAGGAAUUUCGUCAUUACGCUGGUUUACAUCAACUCUCAGAUUUGUAUGUGUAUAAAAUGUUACAGAAUAAUGCGAAACAAGACAAAACAAAGAAAAAAUCUCGUUUUAAUAUUUAUAAAAAUCCUUUUCAAUCCAAAUAUUGGUAUCUAUGUAUCAUACCAUUGAUUGUAUGGUGUUUACUAGUUAUACUAUGGAUUUUAUCUGGUUUGCAAUUGAUGUAAAUCAAACUGUAUGAUACAGUUGCUAAAAAAUCGAGAAUAUAUUUUGAAUUCUACAAAUUCUACAAAUGAACAGCGCGUUUUUGAACUAGUGAACUUUGGCUUCUUUCUCUUAAAAAAACCAAUCACUGAUCCCCGACAUUCAAUGUUACAUAUUCAUUCAUUCACUCAUUACUUUAUUAUAGUGAAUCAAUGUUCAAUUGUUGCCAGAGAAGGUUCAUCGAUUUUUAUACUGAUUUGUUUUAAUACCACAAACAUUUGAAUUAUGAUGAAUCCCAGUGAAUUGGGGCGAAAUUUUUCAGAUGAACAAAAGACAAUCAAUUGUCCACAAACAUUAUUGAAUGCAUAAACAAUCGGGUAAUGAAUUCUUUUUUCAUGAAUUGAGAAUUUUUAUGGAUAUUCACUUAUACUACUACUACUACUACUACUAAUACUACUACUAAUACUUUUUCACUUUUUAUUACGACUCCUUCUAUAACAAGAACAUUGAAAGAAAUAAGGAUAUCACACUUUCAAUGAAAAAUUAAGAUUGCUGAUAACGAGUGAGUUGAGAGAGUGAUGCAAAACAACUCGCGAACAUUUUGUAUUGGCAUGCAUGAUUGACUACCUACUAAUAAACUGCCGAGUUGGUUUGUCUGAUACUGUAUGUGUUGAAGGAUUAUUCAACAUUUUAUUUUACAAACUAAAAGAAUAAAGGAAUUUUUAUUUUGAAGAGAAGAAAUUUUUGUGAAUAUUGAUUUUUUGUACAGAAUAUAAAAGAGUAG